ACAACAUUCCAAACACAAUAAUAUUUCUUCCAGACUUUUAAAUCCAAUUUUACCUUCAAUAAAUUUUUUUCCCUAUUCCAACUCCAAUUAUUUGUCCAAGACUUUGCAUAGUUGCAUGUAUCUGCUUUCAAUUGCCAAAUUUGCCGUUAAAUAAAACUACAGUCACCAAUCUGCAUAGAACUAUUUCAUCACUUUUCACCUCUGUCUCUUCAGUCCUCUCUUCUUCUCCUUCCAAAAAAAAAAAAAAAGAAAGAAAAAACCCCAUCACCACCAUGACCACCAGUCACACACUGUUCCCUCUCCUGCUGCCGCUCGCCGCCGUACUGGCGCUUGUCUCCGUCGCCGCCGCCGCCGGGGCAGUGAGCACUUCUGACUUUCAAAAAAUCACGAGAGAAGAGAGAAAUUACAGGCAAAAGAAAGUAAUUGACGUUUCUCAUAAGUAUGUUCCUGAAUUGCCAGCUUACGGUUCAAAAAAUGGGUUAGGCAACUUCAUAAGACUUCAGACAAGCAUCAAAUUGGGUGAUCUCUCAAAUUAUUCGUUUUUUAACCUUUCUACUCAUUCUGGUACACACGUUGAUGCUCCUGGACAUUUCAAUGAGACUCUUUUCGAGCUCGGUUACGAUGUCGUUUCGCUUGAUCUCCGAACCUUAAAUGGUCCUGUUCUUGUAGUGGACACUCCACGGGACAAGAAUAUUACAGCUGAAGUUAUGAGGUCAUUGAACAUACCCCGAGGAGUAAAACGUGUUCUUUUCCGAACAUUAAACACCGACAGGAGGCUGAUGCACAAGAAAGAAUUUGAUUCUUCCUAUACAGCAUUCACCUCAGAUGGAGCAGAGUAUCUGGUCCAGAAUUCCGACAUCAAACUGGUUGGUGUUGAUUACUUGUCAGUCGCAAUUAAUCCCAAGGAUGAGCUCACUAAAGUUCAUCAACUUCUUCUGGCUCCUAAAGAUAUAAUUCCGGUGGAAGGCCUCAAGCUUGAUGAUGCCGUCCCAGGAGUUUACACAAUUCACUGUCUACCUCUGAGGCUGAAUCAUGGAGAUGGUUCACCUGCCAGAAGAAAUUCGGAAUAUUGCUUUAGAAUCAAGUUGUUGGUAAGUUUUGAAUCUUGUUUUCUUUCUUUCUAAGUGUUUAUUGUAUGUGACUUGUAUAUGAUACAUCAAUACCCAAAAUAAUACUUGAUGCAAUGCUAAUACAAUUAUAAUACGAUUAUAUUAGAUUUUCAGUAUGGAGUUGUGACUCAAACUUGAAGAAGAUGGAGAUCAUAAUUGUAUCACAAUUUUUAAGAAAUGUAUCGUGCUUGUAUUAUAAUUGUAUAUGUAUCAUAAUUGUUGAAGGAAUUGUAUUCGAGCAGUUGUGAGUUCGUGACGAAUUUCACAGUUUGUAUCACAAAUAUAUG